GGUCGCAUAUCGCAGGGUUACACUUGCUCCGCCGGCAUUGACCACAGCUAGCGUUUAUCUCAUUAUGUGCAGUGUAAAAAAAACAAUAAUAAUUCAAAAAUAGAACGUUACUUUUUUUGUGGCCAGCAAAAGUCCGAGUGAAUGUGGAACUUUUUGGUGCGAAACAAGCAGGUCGCUGCGAUGCUAGCGAUUUUGGUGGCGGCAGCUUUGGUUGUUAUUUUUAUGACAACCAAGGGGUCCAGCUACUCGGUGGUGGAGAGGGUUGCGGCUGAAACGGAAGAUGUUAGCAAUGAAGCGCACAUAUUUUCGUGUAACAACCUCCCGUCAGAUGAUCAUUUCAUGCCUUCCAUCGGAAAUGGGCACGUUGCGACAAAUAUCUUCAGCGACACGGUGUACAUGAACGGUCUCUACAACGGACGGAAGGGAGAGAGUAGGCGAGCUAGAAUACCAGCCUGGGCCAACGUCAGGCUAAACUCCACACUCACUCAUCUGCCGUUCAAGCCUGUAUAUAGCCUGGACACCAAGCAAGGAGUUUUCAAAGUGACAGUUGAUAGAGACAGAUCGGUGGUGACGCAGAGGAUAUACGCUCAUCGGUAUUACACAAGGGCUAUUAUCAAUCAGAUACAAAUCAGACCUAAGCCGCAUGCAGAUCCAAAUUUCAUACAUAAAGAAAUAUGGAUAGCAAUCAAGCUGAUGCCUGGGCCCACCAGCAAAGACAUUGACUUCCAAACUCCUAUCCCCGAGAUCAUCGAUGGCAGGACUGUUUGGAGAAGCUGCGGGAAGACCAGGGUGUCAGAGGACCCGGUCUAUCAGCCACUACCAGUAGAAGUCUGCGCCUACUGGACGUCUGUGCCUGAUCAUUUAGUUGUACCGCAGCAUCACUCCAGGGUCUUCACAUUCAUAAUGACCGCUGAUAAGAACCAAACGGUCGCCAGGGAGGAAUUUGUUAGAGUAUUGCAGGAGGAUGGCGAAGACUUGUAUGACAAGCACUUAGAAGCGUGGCAGAAACUUUACAGCCAUGCUAGUAUGCAAAUUGAAGGAAAUCUACAACUUGCAAAAAUAGUAAAUGGUAUUUGGUACUACUUCUUGAGCUCGCUACCUUCCGAAGAAUCGUUCUCCCACCAAGAGAGAUACUAUGGACUUAGUCCAACUGGCUUGGCUCGAGGAGGCACAUUGGAUGACUACGAAGGCCACAAUUUUUGGGAUACGGAAAUGUGGAUGUUUCCGACCAUUCUCCUACUCUACCCUCGAUAUGGAAAGAAGCUGCUGGAGUAUCGACUCGAUAACGCCUACGUGGCGGCUGAACUCGCCAAGAUCACAGGCAAUAAGGGUUACAGGUUUCCAUGGGAGAGCGCGUACACGGGCGCUGAGGUGACGCAGCCGUGCUGCCCCGAAGUGGCGGAGUUCGAGCAGCACGUCACAGGAGACGUCGCCUUCGCCGCCAGACAGUACCUGGCUGCCACACGCGAUGAGCACUGGCUGCAGCACGGCGGCUGCUCCAUCGUAACGAACAUCGCAGAAUUUUGGGCUUCACGUGCCGUCAUCAAUUACACAACAGGAUUCUAUGAUAUAGAAAAUGUGAUGGGACCCGACGAGGAGCACAGCAACGUGACCAACUCUGUGUUCACUAACGUCGUCGCUGGAUAUUCUCUAUAUUUAGCCGAGUAUGUAGCCUGUUUGUGUAAAUCCUACUACAUGGCACGAGAGCCGGAAAGGUGGACUGACAUCGCCUGGAGCCUGGCCCUACCUUACGAUACCGUCCUGGACUACCAUCCUCAAUACGAAGGCUACACCAGGGGAGAGCCUAUAAAGCAGGCGGAUGCUGUACUCCUUGGCUUCCCAUUGCAGUAUCCAAUGAAUGUCUCAACACGAGCGAACGAUUUAGCAUACUACGAGUCGGUGACACGCGAGAACGGACCAGCCAUGACGGACAGCAUGCACACGGUGGGCAUGCUGCAGCUGGACGACGCCGUGCAUGCCGAACAGCUCUUCAACAAGAGCUACAUGCACAACGUUAGAGAACCGUUUAAGAUUUGGAGCGAGCUCCGGAGUCCAAAUGUUGGCGCCGUGAACUUCCUCACUGGCAUGGGCGGUUUCCUCCAGUCUCUGGUCUUCGGGUACGCUGGCAUCAGUCUAAAUCUCGACACGUUGAAAAUAACCAAACCUCAGCUACCGCCUGCGUCAACUAAGUUUACUAUUAAAGGUAUCAAGUAUUUGGGCGCAAGCUUGACCCUGGACAUUGGUGACCCAGACACGACCCUGAAGGUGUCUGGUGUGGACGAGAACUGGCCCCUCAUCAUGGACAACGGAAAGUACAAUGUCACACUGGUGCCAGGAAUGACUGUGACUCUAAAAGGCCAGGGACCGUUCGUGAUCCGCUCCGUGCCGUGGAAGGACUGCCAGCUGCCCGCAGACACCAUCGGUCACAACUACCUUCGGCCGAUAGGAACAUAGCAGUCAUUGUGGAUACUAUAAGUCCCUACUCUUCCCUAUUCUCCUUUCUUACCCUUCCUUACCCUCCCCGAUUCCUUCUUAAAAGGCCGGCAACGCACCUGCAGCUCUUCUGAUGCUGCGAGUGUCCAUGGGCGACGGAAGUUGCUUUCCAU